UUCUUUCUGACAGUUGGGCCUUGUUUCUGCUGAUGUUAAUAAGCCCUGUAACUGGGCUGGAGUUUAAUAUUCUGGAUUUGUAGCUAAUUGUGUUCUCGGGACUGCAGUGUCCCUUUAAGAACUGCUGUCUCUGAUCUUUCCCCAUAAUUCAGGAACUCUCAUCAGAAAUUAGUUUACAACAAGAUUCUGAACUUUUACUUCAAUCCUAAAUUGAUCUUUGGUAUAAACUCUACAAUUCAGUGUCUGAGAGGUUCCACUGAUUAACAUCUCCAAUUAGAAAGUGCUGAUUAAUCCUUGCUGACAAUUCUUACUGACUUGCACAUUACUCACAGUGACACUUCCAUUAUCCACCAGAAAGAAGGGGAAUGGGAAUUGGUGGAGAACCGAGAGUUCCCAAAUGUUACCCCUCUGCCUGGUACAGAAAUCCUCUCGGCACGGGAAUGGAGACAAGUUCAAUGAAAGUAAUGAACUGUUAGUAGAAAGGGAGGAUUUGCAGUUGGGAAGCUGAAACAAAACAGCAGAUUAGAAUUUGAAAGAGCCUUUGGAUUCAUUGGGACCUGAAGAUCAUCAGCCUUUGAACAUGGAAGGAAAAAACACUGUUCACACUGAGAGGAAACUGUGGAAAUGUGGGGACUGUGGGAAGGGAUUCAGUUACCCAUCCCAGCUAGAAAUCCAAUGGCGCAGUCACAGUGGGGAGAGACCGUUCACCUGCUCUGAGCGUGGGAAGGGAUUCACUCGGUUGUCCCACCUAUUGACAUAUUAGCGUGUUCACACUGGGGAGAGGUCAGUCACCUGUUCCGAGUGUGGGAAAGGAUUUCCUGGUUUAUCCAGUCUGCUGAGACGCCAGCGGGUUCACGCUGUUGAGAGACCUUUUAAAUGCUCAGAAUGUGGGACAUGCUUUAAAAGUUCUCAGGAACUGAUGUCCCAUCGUGUUCACAGUGAUGAGAGACCAUUCAGGUGUUCUCACUGUGGGAGCGGGUUCAAGGCCUCAUCUCACCUCAUUUUCACCAGCGCCAUCACACUGGGGAGAGACCGUUCACCUGCUCCAAUUGUGGAAUGGUUUUCACCCGGUCUUUCAACCUUCUGACACAACAGUGAGUUCACACUGGAGAGAGGCCAUUCACUUGCUCUGAGUUUGGGAAGGGAUUCAGUCAGUUAUGCACCCUGCAGAAACACCAGUGAGUUCACACUGGGGAGAAGCCAUUCACCUGCUCUGAGUGUCGACUGCGAUUCAGUAGUUCAACCGCCCUGCAGAUACACCAGCGAGUUCACACUGAAGAGAGACCAUUUCAAUGCCCAGACUGCGGGAAGUGCUUUAAACGUUCUCAGGAAUUGAUGUCCAAUCAACGUGUUCACACUGACGAGAGACCGUUCAGGUGCUCUCACUGUGGGACUGGCUUCAAGCGAUCAUCUGACCUCAAUGAACAACAGUGCACCCACACUGGGGAGAGGCCGUUCACCUGCUCCGAGUGUGGGAAGAGAUUCACUCAUUCAUCCAAUCUGCAGAGACACCAGCAAGUUCACACUAACGAGCGACCUUUUCAAUGCCAAGACUGCGGGAAGUACUAUAAAAGUUCCAGGGAAUUGAUGUCUCAUCAACAUGUUCACACUGACGAGAGACCGUUCAGGUGCUCUCACUGUGGGACUGGCUUCAAGCGAUCAUCUGACCUCAAUGAACAACAGUGCACCCACACUGGGGAGAGGCCGUUCACCUGCUCCGAGUGUGGGAAGAGAUUCACUCAUUCAUCCAAUCUGCAGAGACACCAGCAAGUUCACACUAACGAGCGACCUUUUCAAUGCCAAGACUGCGGGAAGUACUAUAAAAGUUCCAGGGAAUUGAUGUCUCAUCAACAUGUUCACACUGACGAGAGACCGUUCAGGUGCUCUCACUGUGGGAUUGGGUUCAGGCGGUCAUCUCAACUCACUGUACACCAGCGAGUUCACACUGGGGAGAGACUGUUCACCUGCUCUGUGUGUGGGAAGGGAUUCAUUCAGUCAUCCCACCUACAGAGAUACCAGAGAACUCCCAAGUAACCACAAUGAUCGGAUUUUGCUGAUGAUCAUAUCCAGGACUGAACCAUGUUCACUGGGGUCUGUUUCUGUUGAUGUUCAUUAAUGCCAUCCCAG